CUCCAUCAGCAGCAGAGGACCAUCCGGAGAGGCGCUUACAAGAAGCUGUGGCUCUCCUAUCUAACUGGUCAGCACCAUGAUGCAUCCUCAAGUCUUCAUUUCUAGUCUCAUACUUCUUCUCCCAGGUGCUGUGGAUCCUUACGUAAUCGUGAAGGGGGUGGUGGGUCACCCUGUCACACUGCCGUGUAUUUACUCAACGUACACUGGAAUCAGUUACAUGAGUUGGGACCUCGGGGAAUGUCAGUAUUUUAAUAAUUAUAGAACUCUUGUCCGGGCCAAUGCAUAUCAAGUCACCUAUCAGAGGAGCAGCCGAUACCAGCUAAAGGGGCGUAUUUCUGAAGGAGACGUGUCCUUGACCAUAGAGAAUGCUGUUCAGACUGACAGUGGUCUGUAUUGUUGUUUAACAAAAAUCCCUGGAUCUUUCCAUUCUGUAACCUAUUCAUUGGACGUUAAACCAGAAAUUCCUGCAAGUCCUCCAACAAGACCCACAAUGAGGAGACCCACAACUAUAACAAGACUCAUAACUACACAAAGGCCCACAACUACAGGAAGACCCACAACUACACAAAGACCCACAACUCUGUCAACAGGACCCACACGUGUACCAGCAUCACCCAGAGUCUCCACCUCUACUCCUACAACACCAGCGCACACGCAGACUCAUACACCAGCAGAUUGGAAUAACACUGUGACAUCCUCAGAUGACUCUCGAAAUAAUUACACUGAAUCGAUCCCUUCAUGGAACCAGCAGAAGAACAUGAGUAAGGGCUUCUACAUUGGGGUCUCCACCGCUGCCCUGCUGUUGCUGCUGCUUGUGUGCACCGCGGUUAUCACCAGGUGCAUCCUUAUGAAAAAGAAGUCGGGGUCUCUAAGCUUGGUAGCAUUCCGUGCCAAUAAGAUCGGAACUUUGCAAAACACAGCAGUUAUCCGGUCUCGAGCUGAAGACAAUGUCUACACAAUUGAAGACACUCCUACCCUACAGAAAGAGUCCCAAAAACCCUCUUAGACACCGUCUGCCUGAGACUGCAGAGACAGCAACUGGAUUUGACAGCGCAAACAGCCUUUUCCAGCUGCAGGGCUAUGUUCUGUGUCGGUCCAUCCAGCAGUGGUGGAGAGGGUGACCCUCCGCUGUUAAUACUCAAACUCACGGUUCACAUCAUCCUAAUUCUUGUAUCAACACUGCCUCAGUCUCUCACUCAUUGCAGAACGUCCUCUCAAACAUGAACAUUUUAGGUUUUUCUGGUUCCUUUCAUCAACAUAGUCACCGGUAGUACAGGAAAUAGAUUCUUGUCUUGAUUAU